AUGCUCGCGGCGACUAAUACGUCAAAGGAUACCGUCGCUGUUCUUAUUAAUGCAGAUAUUAUACUGUACGAUGACUUCCCGUAUGCUGUUCGCAAGAUCCGACGCGACUUCCCGCCGGGCUGGCUCGCUGUCGCUGCGCGUUGGGACGUAACUUCGCUUCCUAAUUCGCUACCUGUCCUGGGGCCGGGGAGACGCCCAGAGGAGGAUGUGCGCCAUGCCGUCGUGCGACACGCUCGCACGAAGGGUGUGCUGCAUACGUAUGGCGGUAUUGAUCUUUGGGCGUGGGAUACCGCCGCGGGACCAUUGUACCACGGUCUUGUGCCGCCGUUCGUGUAUGGGAGGGGCAAGUACGAUAACUGGCUCACCCAUCAUGUCAUACGCGCCAAUAAGAGGGCUACUGUCGAUGUCUCAGAGGCAUGCACGCUUGUGCAUGUCAAACACGACCACCAUCUCGUCUCGGACGGCGCCGUCCCGCUGAGCAACUGGGCGCAGUCCGCGCCCUUGGUGUCAGACAUUUCGGCCCGCAACCAGGAGUUUUGGAGUACUGAUCCCAGGGGCAGGUUUGAGUUGUUUAUCAACUCCUAUCUCGCCGCCGCGUACGGGUCCUACGUAACCCAGAUGGGCACCAUUUUGCACGCACCCCUCAAAUUGACAAGCUGUUAUGAGCAUGAUGGCUUUUGCAUCUUUCAGCGCGUCAGGCCGCAUACGUGUCGAUGCGAGCACUCGCCUUAUGUUGCGGAGGCCCAGAAUGAUCCCUACAUAGUUGCUGAUUCUCGAGUCAUUUUUUGUGGCCUGCUCAGCGCUAACCGCGGCUCAAAUCCAGUUGAUGCCAAAGAGCGCUGGGCAAUCACGGGGCGCACUGACGACGAUGGCCCUGAAGGCGCCAAUUCCACUUCGCCUCUCACAUUUGGUCUCCCGUUGCUACAGGACCACUUGCUGCACGUCAUCGCGAGCAGGACUAAUUCGGAAAUCGUCUUUCUUGUCGUCGCCGACUAUUCGGAGCGCUCUCUGAUCAUGGAGUUGGUCUGCUCGAUGCGCACCCAUGAGUUGUUUCCAUGGCUCAUGGUUGCAGCCUUGGAUGAUGACUUGUACCGCUAUUGCGUCACCCGGGGGCUUCCGGUCUACUUGUCAGAGUUUGAUGAAUCGGGGUUUAAGGACCAUGUCAAUUUUCGAGAGCUGGCGAGAUAUCAACUCACGUAUGAGGUCUUGCGCAAGGGGAAACAAGUAUUCUCCAUCGAGCCCAGUAUCACCUUCUUCGCUCCGCUGUGGGAGUAUUUCGACAGCAAGGUGACAAAGGAUAUUGACGUCGCCAUUCUUUCCCGACCGUCAACAAACGAAAGCAUUGUCAAGGAUUUUAGCUAUAUACCCUCUGCGUUUGUCUACGCACGACCUGGCGAUCGGACGUUGGAUCUACUGAAAAGGGUGAUGAUUGGCUUGCAAGGACAUUCGGUGGGCUCCGGUAUGCUUCUACGACAUGCUGCGUGUGGGGUUAACGACGAGGGGCUUCGGAACAUGUCCCGCUGCCAGCUUGGUGACCGAGCAGUAGUUCAUCUCUUGGACAGGGAGCUGUUUCGAGCAAUCGAAGAGACGGGCUGCAAAUUCUGCGGUCCUCCAGUCUUGUAUUAUUCGGCAUUGUUUGGGGGGAAUGGCGAGCCGGAGGAGGCGAUGAAAGCCCUACGGCGCACUGGCCUGUCAAGCACAGUAGAGGGGCAGCAAUUUUGUGCUCUCACUAUGCAAGCAUGA